UGGCCACAGGGACAGGCCUUGGGGUAGCGCCGAUUGUUCUCGGGGACGCAUAUAAGGAGAGUUAGGAGGGUCGUGUGCCAGACGCACAGCCACCGAGCUGCCAAGCGGUGCGGCUCGCUCGCUUCACGAGACUGCUGAACGGGGCGCGUGCCUACUGGAGAGCUGAGAGGAAGGCACUGACGAUCACGCACAAACUUUUCUUUUGUACUGUUGGACUAACGGACAUUUGGGAUAUUGGUAUUUUUUUUUCUCUCUCUCUCUUAACGAAGAUCCUCCGAAGAAAACUAGACCCGUGUCACUGCGAAGUGUUAUCAAGAAUGUUUCCCAAACCUGACAACUUCGACUACGAUGAUCACAGCCUCUCCUCACCAGACGGAGAAUCUGUCAGUCUGUCCGAGGAGGACUUAGACAUGUGUUCUACCCAGAAAGCCAAUGCAGCAGAUGGGAAGCGCAGGUCCAGAGGCAAAAGCACCAGAGCCAUCCGUAACCCCGAGCUCAUUCAACGAGUGAAGAAGAGCCGGCGGCAGAAGGCCAACAAUCGGGAAAAGAACCGCAUGCACAACCUGAACUCGGCGCUGGACACCCUGCGGGGAGUGCUGCCUUCAUUCCCCGACGACGCCAAGCUCACCAAAAUAGAGACCCUCCGCUUCGCCCAUAAUUACAUUUGGGCCCUCACCGAAACUCUCCGAUUGGCCGAUCAGCUGGGCAGCGGCUCGGGGGGCUGUUUCUUUACGGGCGCCGCCCGUAUUCAAGACCCCGGUCUGAUGACACCUGCCUCCUCCUCCGAGGCGCCAUCCCCUUGCUACUGGAGUGGCAGCAGUUCUCCCUCGUCGUCGUCGUAUGCGAGCGCCUUGUCACCCGCUGGCUCGGACAUGGACACUUACAGCUGGCAAAGCGACACGCACGCAUAUCUGGGCACACCGCUUCGCAAUGACCUGGCGUGACUGCGAGGUGGCACACAUGGACAAUUAGAUCAGGAAAAAGAAGACUAUAUUUUUCUAGAUAAUAUAUUGCCUAAGUGCAUUUAAAAUGAGUCGGCGACUUAUCAAGGGUG